GGUGCAUCAAAUUGCACCUUCGCCUCUCAGUUCCCUCGCUUCGCCUGCCAUGGGGGGUCUAAUGUCGAAGGGCAGUGGAAACAAGAUUACCAAAGCCGAGGCCAGAAGUAUCAAAGCUGAGCUGAUGGAAGAGGAAGCUGAAGAUAGCGAUGAUGAAGAAUACCAGAUGGAAAAGAACGCCUUGCGAGCCAUGGAGGCGGGUGGUCGGACUUCCGUGGCCGCGGCCUAUGAGGCCAUGGCGGCCAAGGAGGUGGUCUAUGACACCUUCAGUGAUGAGUUGCGGGCUGGCUAUGCUGCUAGAAUUCAAGCACGACAAGCCUGGCUUGAGGAUAUCGAACAGCAUGUACGCAACCGAGAAGAAAAGGAAAGGCGCAUCCUCUUUGAUCGACAGAGUGCCACAGCCGCGAAAUCCUUGAGGUUUGGAACUGCCAUUUCCCACAAGCGCAUCCCUGGCUGGCCAGCAGGAGGUAUGCACGAGCAUGGCUGGUAGCUGGUCGCUUGAGAAAUGAUCGACUUUGUCUCACCAUUUGGCCGCCCAAAAGAUCGCUUAGAUGCG